AUGGCACUUGCUCCUUCCCCACAAAUUCCAGCUUCGCGACCUGAGAUUAUUCAGUCGUUAAUAGAUGGCGUUGACCGUUAUAAUCCGGAUAACGUCUCUAUAUUGGAAGAAUAUCUUACAACACAGCUGCAGAACGAAGAAUAUGAUUUGAUGGCAAAUUUGGCCAUUCUUAAAUUAUAUCAAUUCAAUCCACAUCUAGUUAAUGAACAAGUGAUUAUCAACAUUCUGGUUAAAGCUCUGACGGCAAUACCGAAUCCCGAUUUCAAUCUGUGUCUAUAUUUAUUACACGAGAAUACGGUAUUCAUUUAUUUUCUUAUAGAGCUCAAUCUAUUUACUGUUACGUGA